AACUAUUAUAUAUAGUGCAUUACAAUACCCAAAGGCCUCAUAUAUGUAUUUAUAUGUCACAGCAGCAUUUCUGACUAACCCCGAUGUCUCUGUGGCACCAGAUCUACACAUACAACGAGGAGGGCCCAACUAUCGAGAGCGACAACUUCAUGGAUCGCGUGGAUUGGAACGGAAGUAAGAGGAGCCCCGACAUCCAAGACGCGUCCAUAUACCUGCUCAACGUCACCUUCAACGACUCGGGCACCUACCAAUGCUUCUUCAACCGCAUCCUCUUCUACGACAACUACGAGUACAGCACCACCAUCAGCAAGGUGGUCCACCUCACCGUGGUCGCUAAAGCCACCAGAGGUACGGCGUCCAUCGUGUCCGAGGUCAUGAUGUAUGUGACCAUCAUUGGCCUGCAGGUCUGGCUCCUCAUAGAGAUGAUAUACUGCUACAAGAAAAUAGCAGCAGCCGGGGAAGAAGCAUUACGAGAAGCAGCAAAUGCUGAAUAUUUAGCGAUAGCCUCGGAAGGUAAAGAUAACUGUGCAGGGGUGCAGGUCGGAGAAUAGCACAGGCUUCUUGCAUGGACUGAAAACAUCCUUCCACCCUCUGACCUGCAUGUAGACAACUUCAUAUCAAGCCUCUAUUUUCCCUUUUCCUUGACAAAACUCACACAUGGAUAUAAAGAGAGCAUGGUACCAGCACUGUAUAUAGUCUUCUGCGCCACAAAUGCAUGUUCUGCACUUAUUUCGAGAAACCCAUUCUGCAUUAAUGAGCCACAUUGUCAACAGCAUAUACUGUCCAUACAGUAUUUCUUUAAGUAUAUGUAGUCACACAUUUAUAUCAAACGUCAGUGGUACUAUGGGCAUCUCUUGGACUCCGCGAGGAUGAUUGUCGAAGAAAGCUUUAUACUAAAUCAUCGGCACCUCAUGUAUAAAUAAUGCGACACACACAACAUGUAUGGAAAUUUAAUAAAAUAUAAACAGAAUGUGAUGGACUACGAUAGUUUCCAGUUGCUAGUUGUACAUUCAAUGGAAUCUUACGAUGUACUAAUAAAAACUGAAAAAAGUACA